CUAGAGCGGCCACCGGAAAAAAGCAGCCUGAGCGAUGCUGAGUCGUCAACAACAACAAUAACAAGGAGAUCUUCCUGAGUGGCGGCCGCACUGUGCCCGGCUUUGGGGACUCUUCGAGGAAGAGAUUCUGGGGACCGGGGGACUACUGUAUGACGUCACUCGCACACAGUGAACUGUAAUGAUGGGGAGGAAUAGCGGUGACUGCACCAUUACGGCUUGUGGCAGUGCCAAGCACACCUAGAACUGACAAAGGAUUCGGAAGUCAUUCUGAAGAACUCCCUAAUCUUAAAAGGCAUAGCCAUAGCCACAGGAUAGGUGUUUCUAAAUGAGCACAACAAGGUGUGAAGAAGGGAGAGGAACCUAGAGCAGUCAUCAUGAAGCUGUAUGUGUUUCUGGUCAACACGGGAAUCACCCUUACUUUUGACACCGAGCUUGCAGUUCAAACGGUGACUGACCUUAAACAUGCUAUUCAGUCUAAGUACAAGAUCUCUGUUCAGCACCAGAUACUUGUCGUAAAUGGGGGAGAAUGUAUGGCACCUGACAGAAGGGUGUGCAGCUACAGCGCUGGUACUGACACCAAUCCAAUAUUCCUCUUCAAUAAAGAGAUGAUAUUAUGUGAACGGCCUCCGGUCAUUCCGAGGACAACAUUUUCUGCCGAGAAUGAAAUGGAAUUAAAAGUUGAGGAGUCCCUUAUGAUGCCUGCUGUGUUUCACACUGUCGCCUCUAGGACACAGCUCGCGGUGGAAAUGUAUGAGGUAGCCAAGAAGCUUUGUUCCUUUUGUGAAGGUCUGGUACAUGACGAGCAUCUGCAGCAUCAGGGCUGGGCUGCUAUUAUGGCCAACCUAGAAGAUUGUACGCAUUCAUACCAAAAGCUGCUUUUCAAGUUUGAAAAUGCCUACUCAAAAUAUAUACAGUCUGUAGAUGAUAUAAAGAUGAAGUUAACCAGUUUAGGAACCGCUGUUUCUGUCAUGGCCAAGAUCCCGCUGCUAGAGUGUCUAACUCGACAUAGCUAUAGGAUGUGUUUAGAUAGGUUGAUGUCUUCUACGGAUGGAGAAGGUGAUGAAAUGGAAGCUGAGAAGACAACUGACUUGGUGCAAUAUGAUGAAACAAAACGGAGAAAUACGGCUUUAUUAGCAUCUCUGUCUACAUCCGGAGAACAUGUGUCGCAGGAUGUACAUGACAAUCGUACAGAGCAAGAGAACCCAGAGUUUGUGGACCCUAUGGAGGAGCACAUGGCUGAGGAAAGCCCACUCUUCAAUGUUUCACUGCUGGACUGGAUAAAUGUACAGGAUCGGCCCAAUGAUGUCGAGUCGUUGGUCAGGAAAUGUUUUGACUCUAUGAGCAGACUGGAUCCACGAAUAAUUCAAUCAUUCAUGGCUGAGUGCAGACAAAAUGUUGCCAAAUUGGAUAAUCAGAAUAUGAAAGCCAUCAAGGGGCUUGAAGAUAGACUUUAUGCACUGGAUCAAAUGAUUGCUAGCUGCAGUAGGUUGGUUAAUGAACAAAAAGAACUUGCUCAGGGAUUUUUAGCCAAUCAGAAGCGGGCUGAAAACUUGAAGGACCCCUCUGUGUUACCUGAUCUGUGUUUGAGCCAUGCAAAUCAACUAAUGAUCAUGUUAACAAACCACAGAAAGCUGUUGGAUAUCAAACAGAAAUGUACCACUGCCAAACAGGAGCUUGCCAAUAAUUUACAAGUUCGAUUAAAGUGGUGCUGCUUCGUAAUGCUGCAUGCUGAUCAAGAUGGGGAAAAACUCCAGGCUUUAUUCAGACUUUUAACAGAGUUACUUGAAAGGAUCAAAAUAGUGGAGGCACUUAGCACAGUUCCUCAAAUGUAUUGCUUAGCAGUAGUUGAAGUUGUAAGAAGAAAGAUGUUCACAAAACACUACAGAGAGUGGGCAAAUGCCUUGGUAAAAGAUGGAAAAUCUCUUUAUGAAAAUGAGAAGGCAAAAAGGGAAACUUUUGGGAAAAUAUUUAGGAAAUCCUAUUUACGAAAUCGUCUCUUUAGAGGACUUGACUCUUGGCCUUCAUCUUUCUGUACACGAAAGCCACGAAGGUUCGAUAGUGAGCUUCCUGAUAUCUCUUUAAACGACCUGCAGUUCUUACAGACGCUCUGUCCUCCAGAAGUCCAACUUUUCCUCAGGGUGCCCUUACUUUGUGAUUUUGAGCCUCUUCACCAGCAUGUACGUGCUCUUCAUAACCUGGUAAAAGCUGCACAAAGUUUGGAUGAAAUGUCACAGACCAUUACAGAUCUUCUGAAUGAACAAAAGGCUUCUAAUGGCCAGCUUUCCCCCCAGUCUACAACGACACCAAGGAUUGAAAAUGCAACCGAAACUACAGCUACUACCUCAUCCAAGUCUCCUCCAUCACUCAGUCUUCAGGGUCCCAUUUGUCCUUCUGUUGCCAUUCCAGGACCUUUAGAAGAACUGUCUCCAGACAGCAUUGACGCUCAUACAUUUGACUUUGAAACAAUUCCCCAUCCAAAUAUUGAACAGGCUAUUAAACAGGGUUCUUUGGAUUUGGACUCAUUAGCAGAUAGUCCAGAAUCAGAUUUUAUGUCUGCCGUGAAUGAGUUUGUUAUAGAGGAGAAUCUGGUCUCUCCCAAUAUUAGCGAUACGCAGAGUCCAGAAAUGAUGGUGGAGUCCCUGUAUUCUUCUGUUAUAAAUGCAAUAGACAACAGGCGUAUGCAGGAUACAAAAAGUAAAGCAAAAGAUGACAGUGUUGAAAAUGCUUCUUUAAAAAUUUGUCUGGAGAAAUGUAAAAUGGUUGCCCAGGAAUCACAAGCUAACUUGAGGAAUUUCAAGGAAGAGCUUUGCCAUUUGAGGAAGCAUGUACAAAGAGAGCAGAGUGAAUUUGCAAAUGCUGUUAAGACUGUUUCUGCUGAAGUUCUCGAUAUGAUUGAACGCGCCAAGGUUUCUCUUGAAACCGCCUUAAAAGCAAAACAUUUGGAGGAAUUGCAGCUUUUGGAGGAAUCAUAUGAGAAGCAACUUCACGUAUCAAAACAAGAUCGUGAAGUGAAUGAGGAAACCAUUGCCAAGUUGAAACAUGACAUUGCUGCCCUAAAAGAGGAUUUGCAGAGUAAGGAUAAUGAAUUUGCUGCAAUCAGAAGGGAAAAUGAAACCUUCCUUUGUUUACAGAGUGAAAAGGAUGAAAAAGUUAUCCGCCUUGAAAGUGCCAUGAGGGAGCAGACGUGUGAAGUUCAGAAGCUGAAACAGUCUCGAGAAGCGGCGCUUGAGGAUUUUAAGAAGAUUCAUGCCGAGAAUGAAGAAAAACUCUGGCUACUUAAGGAGGAGUUCGCGAUUUUGGAACAAACACAUUUGAAAGAGUUAGAAGAAAAUUUAAAGCUCCAGCAUGCACAAGAACUUGAAGGUAUAAAAGCAGAACAUAAAUGUGGGUUAGAAAAGUUAAAGAACGAUACUAAGCUCACGAUUGACCAAUUGCAGGAGUCUUCAGCAGCCUCGGCUCAGGAGAAGGAAUCUCAGCUGCAAGAAUUAAAUUGUAGACUUUCAGAACUGUCCACAGUUCGAUGUAAAUUGGAGGUUGAGUUAGCAAUUAAAGAAGGAGAAAUAGAAGAAAUGAAGUUAAUCCUGAAGGAAAGUAAAAUGCAACAACAGGAUGACCUAAAAUGUCAACUUGAUGAGAAGACAGAAACCCUGAAGAAAGAGAUUGAAAAACUGAAUAGCUUGAUCCAAAUUCAGAAAGAGGAGCAUGAGCUAGGGCUUGCCCAACUUAAAACACUAUUGACAGCUGAAAAAAAUCAGUGCAUUUCAGAGCUUUUAGAAAGGCAUGGCGUCGAAGCCAGCUCAUUGCAAAGAGACAUUAGCCAUUUAACGUCUGUCCAUCAAAAAGCUCUAGAAACAGAGAGCAGGCUCCAGGAAGAGAUAAGUGUCCUACGUCGCCAACUGGAUAGUAGUUUGAAAGCACUUGAAGAUCAUGAGAGGUCUUUGAAGGAGCAGAAAGACAGUUAUGAAUCAUCCAUUCGGAAACUUGAGGAAGAGCGAGAUCAAAUUUUCAGCUCACAAAAGCUAGAAAGAGAAUCGCCUGCACAGAAGUGUGCGUCUGAUAAAGAGGAAUGUGCGCGCCCUGCCCUUAAAGACUUUGACAUAAACAGGCAAUCUGCUGAAAAAGAACUUUUAGAAAAAAUUCAACUCCUUGAGCAGGAGUUAAGCAAGAGUUCUUCUGGGUUUGCACAUAGUCUGGUUUGUGAGCUUCAGGAAAAGCUUCAGCAGGAGAAACAGCUAAUUUCUGAGCAACUUGACCAGCUGGAUAGGGAAAAAACUGAAGAAUUGCAGAACCUCAGGAUCUCCCUUAUAGCAGAACAACAGACAAACUUUAACACUGUUUUAACAAGAGAGAGACUUAAAAAAGAAAAUAUAAUUAGUGAACUGAGUGAGAAGCUGAAGAGUGUCACACAGCAGCAGGAAAGAGAUAAAGAUCUAAUUGAAACACUAUCUGAAGACCGAGCGCGUUUGCUCGAGGAGAAGAAGAGACUUGAUGAUGAACUCGGCAAGCUAAGGAGUUUUGUGUCUUCAGCUCACACAGUUCCUGCCUCUGAGCCUAGUGGAGCUUUUGUGCCUGAACCUCCUUCUGAAGAUGAAGACAGGAUGGAGCACGCUUUAGAAAUCAGCAUGACAGCUGUUCAUGAUAUUACAUUGUCAGAGGAGAAACAAAAGAUUAUUCUGCUGGAGAGAACAUUGCAGCAAAAAGAAGAGGAAAAUAAGCGACUAAACCAGAGAUUGAUGUCACAGAGCAUGUCAUCCGUUUCUGCUAGACAUUCUGAGAAAAUAGCAAUUCGAGACUUCCAGGUUGGGGACUUGGUACUUAUUAUCUUGGAUGAGCGUCAUGACAAUUAUGUGCUAUUUACUGUCAGCCCAACGUUGUAUUUCUUGCAUUCAGAAUCACUUUCAGCAUUAGAUCUUAAGCCAGGUGAGUGUGCUUCUGGUUCCUCUAGAAGACCCUGGGUACUUGGUAAAGUGAUGGAAAAGGAAUAUUGCCAAGCAAAAAAGGCUCAAAAUCGAUUUAAGGUUCCCCUGGGUACAAAAUUUUAUCGCGUGAAAGCAGUGCCAUGGAACAAGAAGGUUUAAACUGCCCCCCUAUAUUACUGUCACACAUUUAUACCCUGUUUUACUCAUAUCUAUCCAUAACAUAAACAUCUACUCGCCCGUUUUCUACGAAGAUUGGAAUUCAGGACCUUAAUGGUGUUGUAUAAUGAUUUCAUUUUCAGGUUUUAGGUUUAAGAAAUGUAAAUCUUACAUGAGAGGGUUCAUUAUAUCUUGCCAGUUUUUUUUUUUUUUGUUUUGUUUGUUUUUUAAUCCAAACUCCAUAGAAAUGCGGACCAAGACGUGUUUGUUCUUUCAAAGGGCAGGUGAUAUGGAUAUUUUUUUUUUUUACAUUUUUAUUUUAGCCAUACUUUCGGCCUGAUAAAUAUAAAUGAGCUUGUACUUAGAUGUUAAAUGUUAGUUAUACCAUUAUUACCAGCAUUUGUCUCUUUGUGAAACACAUUUAUCUAAAGUACUGGCACUCUUCAACACGUCCUUUAUAACCCUUGUAAUUUUUCCAACAAAAGGGAAGUGUGUAUGGCAUGCAGAUAAUCACCAUUUUAUUUACUAUGAGUUUGCCUCCGUAAAAAAAUAAAAUAAAAUAAAAAUAAUAAUAAUAAUAAAAAAAUGGGGAAAAAAAAGUAUGAUAUAUAUUGGAAUUUGACUAUUUACCUAAAAUGUGGCUUGGUAAUAUCAUAAGGAAAUUAAAAAAAGAAAGAAAAAAAAUAUAUAUUGCCUGGUUAACGCAGCUUUCCAAUGCACUUUUGGUUGAUUUUUUUAGGACAUUUUGAAGGGAAGAAUGUAUACAGCACUACACAGCAUAAACCAUACUAAAGCAACCCCGGCCAUAUGGAAAUCCUUUGUUAUGUUAAAUAGAUCAUAUUGAUAAAAUUUUAUUUUAUGGUUGAGUUUCAGGCAAAAGAACUUCAUUGUACAUUAACCAUACUCAAGUAACAAAAUUAUUGUAUUGCAAAGACAUGUAGAGUUUUAAAACAAUAAAGAUUUGAAACUGUAAAUGUUUGAAAAUCUGUCUUUUAAAAAAAAAUGUAUACUGUACAUAUAAUAAUACACAAUAUUAUUGUGCAUAAUUUUAUUCAUGCAUCUAAGUUAUGUGAAAUGUUAUGCUCUAGUAAUGUUUUCCAAUAAAACAAGGGAAAAAUUG